AGGAGCACGCACUUUUUUCCUCAUUUCACUACUACUACGUUUACCCCGCAGUCACGUUCAUGCUUGCAUCACUUCAUCUCCACAUCUGGCUGCCCUCUCCAAACUAUACAAUAUUUGACCCUUUAGGCUUCUCUUCAGCGAUUCUCCAGCUUUUGAUUUUCAGUUCCACCAUCAGCCAUGUUGAUUAUUUUGGCCUUGAUCAUCCUCUUCCACAUCACCUCAGCAAUACUACUCUUCAUAGCAACCAUCAGAAAUGUAUGGUGGGUUUGGGAGGAUUACACCUUAGAUCUCUGGUAUCACUGCAACUCCACAAACUGUUAUGAUAUACCGAACAGUGCAACCUCUGAUGCAGCCUAUCUUCAGACUGUCCAGGCCACCAUGAUACUGGCUACUAUCUUGUGCUGUGUGGGUUUCUUUGUCUUCAUCCUUCAGCUCUUCCGUCUGAAGCAGGGCGAGAGAUUUGUCUUUACAGCCAUCAUCCAGCUCUUGUCUGCUUUCUGUGUGAUGACCGGUGCAUCCAUCUACACAGCAGAGCACUUAAACUUCAAAGACAAGAACUGUAAGAAUGGAGAGUACGGGUACGCCUUUGUUGUGGCCUGGGUCGCGUUCCCCAUGACGCUGCUGAGCGGCUUGAUGUAUCUAGUGCUAAGAAAACGCAAAUGAAGCACAACACACCACCUCACUAGCUGCCACCAGCUACAGCCUUAGCCAAGAGACUUUAUU